CCUCAGCACGCAGACGCGACACGCCAGCCUCGGCCAGUGCGCAGUCUGUGCGCAGGCGCGCCAGCAGCUGGAUUUCUCCUCUUCCUUCUCCCUCAAGACGUCAGGCGACGGGUCCUAUGUCGCGCCGGGCCCUCCGGAGGCUGAGAGGGGAACAGCGUGGCCAGGAGCCCCUCGGGCCCGGAGCCCUGCAGUUUGUCCUCCGUGAUGACGAUGACGCGGAAGAAGAAGGACCGAAGCGGGGCCCGGGGGUUCGGGUCCCCGGAGGCACAGGGAAGGAGGGCGUCCACGUCAACAACCGGUUCGCGCUGAUAAACAUCGAGGACCUUGAGGACGACGCUGUGGUAAAUGGGGAAAAGUCUGAUUGUGUGCUUGCACACACUGUGGCUUCAGGAAACAAAGCGAGGGCCCCAAGUGGAGGCCCAGAGACCAAGCGAGAUGGGGACAUGAUCAAGACAGUGUUCCCAGAGCAGUCUAAUGUAAGUGGCAAACUCCGAAAGAAGAAAAAGAAGCAAAGAAACAAGAAAAGCAGCACAGCAGAGACCUUGGAGAAUGGGUUGGAAGACAUUGACCGAAUUCUGGAGAGGAUCAAGGACAGCAGUGGGCUUAGCCACCCUGGCCCCCCUCCGCCCAGCUCCAGGAAGCACGUCUUACAUGUGGAGCACAGACACUUGAAUCCAGACACAGAACUGAAGAGAUAUUUUGGUGCUCGAGCAGUCCUGGGGGAACAGAGGCCACGGCAGAGACAGCGUGUGUACCCUAAGUGUACGUGGCUGACGACCCCUAAGAGUACCUGGCCCCGGUACAGCAAACCAGGUCUGUCGAUGCGGCUGCUGGAAUCGAAAAAAGGUCUCUCCUUCUUUGCCUUUGAGCAUAGCGAGGAUUACCAACAGGCACAGCACAAGUUCCUGGUGGCCGUGGAGUCAAUGGAGCCCAACAACAUCGUGGUUCUGCUCCAGACAAGCCCCUACCAUGUAGACUCACUCCUGCAGCUCAGCGAUGCCUGCCGUUUUCAGGAUGACCAGGAGAUGGCUCGAGACCUGACAGAGAGAGCACUGUACAGCAUGGAGUGCGCGUUCCACCCUUUGUUCAGCCUCACCAGUGGGACUUGCCGGCUGGAUUACCGCAGGCCCGAGAACAGGAGCUUCUACCUGGCCCUCUAUAAGCAGAUGAGCUUCCUGGAGAAACGAGGCUGCCCACGUACUGCACUGGAGUACUGCAAGCUCAUCCUCAGCCUGGAACCAGACGAGGACCCCCUCUGCAUGCUGCUGCUUAUUGACCACCUUUCCUUGAGGGCCCGGAACUACGAGUACUUGAUCCGCCUCUUCCAGGAGUGGGAGGCACAUCGAAACCUGUCCCAGCUCCCAAAUUUUGCCUUCUCAGUGUCCUUAGCGUAUUUCUUGCUGAGUCAGCAGACAGACCUCCCAGAGCAGGAGCUGAGCUCCACAAGGGAAAAGGCCUCCACCCUCAUCCAGCAGGCACUCAUCAUGUUCCCUGGAGUUCUCAUGCCCUUGCUGGAGUACUGCAGCGUACGGCCUGAUGCUGCCGUCUCAGGUCACCGCUUCUUUGGCCCUGAUGCUGAGAUAAGCCAGCCGCCCGCCCUGAGCCAGCUGGUGAGCCUAUACCUUGGGAGGUCACACUUUCUCUGGAAGGAACCCGCCACCAUGAGCUGGCUGGAGGAGAAUGUCCGAGAGGUUCUGCGCACUGUGGAUGCAGGGGACCCCACUGUGGAGGCCUGUGAGGGCAGGCGGAAGGUGCUGUACCAGCGUGCACCCAGGAACAUCCACCGUCAUGUGAUCCUCUCAGAGAUCAAGGAGGCUGUGGCUGUGCUGCCCCCGGAGGUGACCACGCAAUCUGUGAUGGGGUUUGACCCUCUGCCUCCCCUGGACACCAUCUACUCCUACGUCAGACCCGAGAGGCUGAGUCCCGUCAGCCACGGAAACACGGUUGCCCUCUUCUUCCGGUCAUUAUUGCCAAACUACGCCAUGGAGGGGGAGAGGCCCGAGGAAGGAGUGGCUGGAGGUCUGAACCGCAACCAGGGCUUGAACCGGCUCAUGCUGGCCGUGCGUGACAUGAUGGCCAACUUCCACUUCAAUGACAUGGAGGUGCCCCUCGAGGAGAACCCCGAGGGGGAGGGUGACUGGGACUGACACUGUGCGAUCGUGUUCCUGAUUUUCGUUCUCGUUGGGGGUGAGCAGCUCCCUGAAGUAGAGAUGCUGAAUGUACAGUUGCCCCAUGUCUGCUGUUUCCCUAUAAAUGUCAGUGGUUAUUUCCUCCUGAGGUGAGCUCUUCUUCCAGCUGCGGGUUCCAUACCAGUGCCCAUCUCUGCUGGAGCAGGCCCCAUGGGCAACAUGGGCCACACCAUGUCACCCCUACUCCCAGAGCCAGAUAGGCAGCACAGCAGGGUUGCCAGUGGGUCUCCAGAACGGGUCCCUGCUGAGUAUCAAGGCCUUGUGAGCUGCAGGAGGGUGUAGGGGCUCAGAGGUGGAGCAGAGAUGCUUCCCAAGCAAUGGUGAUAUGAUGUCCAGAGCUGCAGCUGCCACUUGUAACCGGUAGACAGUGAACUCUACAAUGAAGAGUUAGUGUUCUCAGGACAGUGAUACAGAGGUGCAUCUGGGCCCUGGGAACUCUGCUCAUUCCGAGUGCUCAAUCAGGGCUGAUUUGGUUAAAGCAGUUUUGUGCAAACAUUGAUGAAUGAAGACAGCCGGGUUACCUCCCUCUUUUCCUAGCCUCUGCAAGGCUUGGCCUGCCAGGCCCAGGUCCUUGGUAGGUCCUGGCUCCUCCUGGCACCAUCACUCUCAACAGAGGUUCCAUGCUGCCCUGCUGCAUCCUUUCCCACCGAGCCAGGGGUGUGGGCAUGCGGAGACCUGUGUGCCACCCCCAGGAAGGGAGCUCCAGCCCAGGCUUAAUGCCCCAGCCUCCUGAGAGGAGACUGGGCCUUCACAAGGCAGUCACAAGUCCAGGUUGCAAUCACCAAGAUAGCUCCCUUACAGUUCUGUGUUGUGCCACAGUCCAGGGAAGGGGCAUGUGCUGUGUCCCCAGGUGGUAGCCUAUGUGCCCUUCGUCUCCAGGGACAGUAUGAGAUAAACUUGAGUUCCCUUCAGCCCAUCUGAUCACAUAAUCCCAGGCCUGAUUUGCUACUUCCCUGCUUCCUCAGGACAAAAUCCAAACAUUGACUCUUCCCAGCCCUUCUGUACUUGGCUUCUUCCCAGGAACCCCCAAGAAGUGCACCCAAUGUGACUGCCACUUGGGUCUGAGGCAGGGUCUCCCCCUUUGUGGUUCAAGAACUGGGUUGCAGGAGGAAGGAUGUGGUUGUCCUGUCAGAAGCCUCGGUGCUUGUGUCUUUUGAAGUCUAGGCUAGGGAGGGGCCAGUUGACCACAGCCAUCUCAAAGGCCUCUUUGACAGAGCUGGCACUGAUCCCUGCAGUGUGACGGGCCCAGAGGCAGGUGGUCUGCGGGUGUAGCCCUCCCUCCUUGUCACACCUGCCCUUCGUUCCCCUGGGCAGCUCCUCUCUAGAGCACGGUGAGGGUAACCCUGUGGGAGUAGACUGGGGAGGAGCGUGCAGCUCCAGCCUCCACACUGGCCCCCAUCUUCCUCUCAGUGAGCUGCAUGAGGCCAAGGAAGGGCUGCUCCUCUUGUGGAAGAGGGUUUGACCAAGUCUGCCAAGCUGAAGAGAACCUUCAUGCCUCACAGUUCUACAGCCAACUGUCACCUAGCAGCAUAUAUGACAAGAGGAGGGCAUCAGGCCAUCCAGCAAGAAUGGCCUGAAGCCACACACAGCCCAAUGUUGUCUGUCCAUACCAUGAGCACUGAACACCUACAGACCGGGGGUGGCCUUCAGUCAGCUGCAGCAGUGGGGAUGAGCUCGGUAUAAGGAGAAUGUGCAGCCAGAAUGUUCCACUCAGGUGACAUCCAUGGCAGGCAGGCUGAGGGCAGCCUUAGCCUGUGGUCAGGAUGCUACUCUGGGGCCGGGCCUGGGAGCUGUUCUCCAGGCUGUGUUGGGCCGGGCCUCUGUCCACCUGCAGAUCUGUCAUCUGUGCACUUGGGUGUAUGCUGCACUUCACUGUGCUUUAUGAAGCAAGAAUAGCGAAAGCUUUGCAAGUCUCAGUGCAGAAGCAAGCGACAAUCGGUAUUUCUUAGUGGCUGCUGCACAUGCUGUUGUGUGGUCGUGGUGUGGAUGGUCAGGGCAUCACAGAGCCAGAAACCAGCAGGCAGUUGAGUUGGGGUGUGAGAGAACUGUUGUUCUUUAUUUCUUUGGGUGGGGGUGGGGGUGCUGGGAUUGAAC